AUGGAGUCUUCACCUACGUCAACAUCAUUUGACACAACAACGUCCACCGUCCCUGAAGCUCUCUCUUCUCAAGGGGAAGAAAACGCCCCUUUUCGUUGGGAAGUAGAUGACGAACACCCUCACGCGGCUACUAAUAACUCUGUGGAUGCUUCUACAGAUGUCUGCGACAAGUUACGGAUCACCUUUAUUGUAGCGUGCCUUUUCCUUGGAAUUGCUUUUGGUUUUACAUAUUUGGCAAGGAGCAAACGGAUGCCAACUUCAACUUUCCUUCCUGUGGAGAAAGCAAGCGGCGGCACGAUCAGCGGUAGCAUCGGUAGUGCAAGUACUAUCACCGGAGACACCCAAAGCAGCGUGAUAAUCAGAGACAGUUCAUUUAGUUCCAUAGGCCCAAAUUUCGAGACGUAUGCACUGAAUGUGCCACUUGAGACAGACGCAGGAUCUAGAGAAGUUGUAGAGCCAUCGAGCCCAGACAAUGCAGCUAUUGUUCAGCAGCUUCCGGUAAAGGCCUUCAUACCCAGUUCAGUCGAAGAUUGGAACUUGCCUGCAACUUCUACGAUAGAAAGCGCAUUGUCACGGACCCAUGCUGAAGGGAAAGAAUUGCUUUCGAAAAUGCUUAAGGAAGCCAAUAGUAGCAUCUCUGAGCAGGCUCAGCAGACCUCUGCCAUCCUUCCAGCAGUGGCCAUGUACCUGACGCAGGGAGCUACGCAGAAUAUAAAAGGAGUGAGCAUUAAUCUAAUCAAUAUCUUACCGUUCAGCACUUUGCCCGAUGGGUUGGAGGACCGAAUGAAGUUUACAGUGACCCGAGUUUUGGAAGAGGGGGGGUUUCGCAGUGUUGUAGAGAUUUGCGAUGAUCGAGGUCGAUAUUUUGCCCUUAGUUUCCUAACAGUCGAUUCUACGUCGAGUGAUCCCACCCAAGUCGCGGUAGACGUUCAAAAAGCUUUUGAACUUGAGCUAGAGGUCAUCACGCAAGCCUGCGCCCAAGCACCCGCGGAGCACACCGCACAGCAGAGAGGCAUAGCAGUUCCUCUGUUUACUGCAGAAAUAGAGGGAAUGCCAAAAUUCUCAUCUGUUGGGACAUCAUGCCUUUAUAAUCGGGUGCACAUCAUGGAGCGGCUCUAUGGAGAUCUCGGUCACUUGGUAAAUUCUAGGACGCCGAUUUCAUUCGGAGCAAAAGAAUACAUAGCUCAGCGUUUGUUAUUGCAAGUGCUGCGUCUGCAGGAGGCACAGGUUAGCCACAAUAAUUUAAAAUGGACGAACUGUUUCAUGCAGCCUGAUGGGUCAUUUCUCUUGGGUGACUUCGGCUCGAGUUCUAUCUUUGGACAACGCUUGCACCCUCUGGCGAGCGUAACUCCACUAUACACUGAUCCUCUCCUAUUGAAGGAAUUUUACAGUUUUGCUAUCUUUCCGUCAUCAGAUCUUGCAAAGCCCAAUCCCAAGAGCGAUUUGUGGUCGCUAGGCAUGCUCUUGUACUCCCUUUUCACUGAUGGGGAACUUCCUUUCCAUCUACAAAGAGAGCGCGACUCCCUCAGACAAGUGUACAUUACGCACUACAUCCUAAUGUCCCGCAAAACCUCAAUUGAAGCAUUGGAGCAAAGGUUGCAAUCCAAGGAAGUACCCAGGAGAUGGAUUCGACUUAUUUCGAAGCUGUUAGAACCCACGAGGAUAUCAAGGAUAUCUGGGAAGGAUAUCUCUUUGGAAUUUUCUGAUCUCUUUCAGUAA